AUGGCCCAUUCGGGAGCAGAAUCGGAGGGUGUAUCUGCAUUCCCAUCGCCGCCCAAAUCCUCGACUUGUACGAGAACGACAUCGGCAACGAUCUCCUUCCGACGUGAGGCUGCCUCGCCCUCCUCCUCCGGCACGGCCACGACGUGUUCUCCUCCUCAUCGCGAACGUCUCCUCCCCUCACUCGACGCUCUCCCAGCUCAGAUGCUGGACCCUGAGAUCGACCUCCUUCCCGACGUCUGCUACCUUUCCUCGGCCUCCUCCUCGUCGCUGGGCCGUCAUCUCGACAUGUUCACGGCCCAGCCACCGUACGCAGGAGAGUUCAGCCUGGAACCCUUCGACGACCUGAUCUCCAUAUGCGACGUCGCCACGAGCGAAUACCGGCCGUACCCGCCCGACCACGCGGCGGUCCAGAUGGCGGCGACCGGUGGCCCGCCGAGGUGCCAACAGCAGCGUCCGGCGAGCGAUGAGGAAUUCCACGCGGCGGUGGCGGCGGCGGUCGGGAUGACACCGCCGCUGUGUGCAGUCCUCGACGGGGGCGGCGUCGGGGCGUCGUACCACUGGGGCGGGUCGGCGCGCGGUGACGGGCCGCACGGGUUCUUUCCUGCGGGAGGGAUGAUGGCGGCGGGGCCCGAGGUAGGGCCAAUGGGUUCGGAACACGUGGCAGAUUACCAGGCGUUGGUAACUGGUUCGGGGAUGUACGGGCUGGAAGCGCCGCCGCUGCGAGCGUACCGCACUGGGAAUUUACAGGUGAUUGGAGGAGGGAGCCAACAUCUGAUGGCUGGGAACAGUGGCAACCCAACACCCCUGCCAGCUUCCAACGUCUCCGCUAUGGAUGAGUCCACCUUCAAAGUAGGUCGUCUGUCUGUCGAGGAGAGGAAGGAGAAGAUCACCAGAUACAUUAAGAAGAGAAAUCAAAGAAACUUCAGCAAAAAGAUCAAGUAUGCUUGCAGGAAGACUCUAGCAGACAGCCGACCUAGAGUCCGAGGGCGGUUUGCAAAGAAUGAUGAAUUUGGAGAGAUGACAAAACCCAGUUCCAGAAACCAUGAAAUGGAUGAGGAAGUGGUUAUGAAGGAAGAAGACAUACUCGACUCCUCAGACAUCCUUGUACAUAUCAGUGGCAUGAACUCUUUUAAGAACAACUUCACUCUUGAAUCUUGGAUAUAAGCAAAUGAGUCACAUGACCUGAC